AUGGAUCUCUCUACUCUAUUUCAGGCUUGUAGAAUACUGUUUAUAUCUCUUAUGUGUUUGGCCUUGUUCCAUUCCUCCCGAGGGUUACUCGUGGCGAAUGAGACCAUUAUAACAGAAACAAAUGGAGGUUAUGGCUCCUGUCCCGCCAAUUGUAAAAUAACGCUUUGUGCUAGCCAAGUAGGGUGUUCUCUUUGUGAAAACGGUUUCUGUCUCCACUACCAAAAGAACGGGACAUCAUCAAAAGGAAUUUGUUUGUCCUCUUGUCCAUCCGGGUUCUACUGUCAGCAAGUCCGGUUUUCGAUUUGUAGAGCGUGCAAGGAUACCAAUUGUGAUACAUGUGAUUCUCUUGGUAAAUGUACAAAAUGUGCUUCCGGAUUUACCCGUUUGAGUGACGGAAACUGUCACGCAGACAUUACAACGGUACCUAUGGCAACUGAGACUACGGCAGAUAUGACAACAGAUGUAACGACGAGUGAUUCGGCUGUUUCCGGAGCGGCGCCAGUUGUUGGUUAA